UUGGCUCUACACGUCUCCAAACCUGGCGCCAGCUUGCUCGUGAAGCUCUGGGAUUGUCAAGAAGUAAACGAAUUCAAGCUCCUCCUGGAACGUUUUUACAAGGGUCCCUGGGAUACUAAUAGUGGUCCUACCGCCGCUUCCUCUCCUGCUGUUCGGGUUCUUAAACCACCUGCCAGUCGUAAGGACUCCGCAGAGAUCUACAUAUGUGCCAGGGGAUUUUGUCUUUCACCACCUCCGAUUAAUAAAUAG